UCAUUGCAUUAAUUUAUGCAAAAUGAAUUGUUCACACCAUCUACUAUCCAAUAUAUAGCCUACGUUCUUUCAUACUUGCUAUUUGCUACUAUAUAUUAAUCCCUUAGCUAUCAAACUUUACCAACAGUCUUAACUUUGUAUGGUUCAAAAAUGGAGCCAACAAAUUUAAGAGGGGGAAGUUUGAGAGAAACAAUAACUAAGAUGAAUAGUAUGAGAGGGAGCUUAAGUAGAAGGAUGACUAGUACUAAUAACUCUAUGUGGACUAGCAAUGGUGUGGAUGUUUUUAAUCGUUCGUCGAGAGAUCAUGAAGAUGAUGAAGAGGCUCUUAAAUGGGCAGCUCUUGAAAAACUUCCAACGUUUGAUCGUUUAAGGAAAGGCCUUUUGUUUGGAUCACAAGGUGCAUCUGCUGAAAUCGAUAUACAUGAUAUUGGUUUUCAAGACAGGAACAAGUUGGUUGAAAGGCUUGUGAAAGUUGCAGAUGAGGAUAAUGAGAAGUUCUUGUGGAAACUCAGGAACAGAAUUGACAGAGUUGGGAUUGAUUUGCCAGAAAUAGAAGUAAGAUAUGAGCAUCUAACUAUUGAGGCAGAUGCAUAUGUAGGAAGUAGAGCUUUGCCUACAUUUACCAACUUUAUCACUAAUUUUCUUGAGACAGUUUUGAACUCUCUCCAUAUCCUAUCAAGUCGAAAGAAGAAGCUCACUAUUCUUAAUGAUGUGAGUGGUAUCAUUAAGCCUUGCAGAAUGACUUUGCUUUUAGGACCUCCAAGUUCUGGCAAAACCACUCUGUUAUUAGCUUUGGCGGGGAAGCUUGACUCUGCCCUUAAGGUUACUGGAAAAGUGACCUAUAAUGGACAUGGAAUGAAUGAAUUUGUGCCACAAAGAACGGCUGCUUAUAUUAGCCAGUAUGAUUUACACAUCGGAGAGAUGACUGUGAGAGAAACCUUGGAAUUCUCUGCCAAAUGCCAGGGAGUUGGCUCGCGUUAUGAUAUGAUGGUGGAACUGGCAAGAAGAGAGAAAGAAGCUAAAAUCAAGCCAGAUCCUGAUAUUGAUAUCUUCAUGAAGGCAUUAGCAACGGAGGGACGAGAAGCUAGCUUUGUUACAAAUUAUAUUCUCAAGCUUUUGGGGCUAGAUAUUUGUGCAGAUACUAUGGUGGGAGAUGAAAUGAUAAGGGGUAUUUCAGGAGGACAAAAGAAGCGUGUGACAACGGGUGAAAUGCUCGUUGGACCGUCAAAGGCACUUUUCAUGGAUGAAAUCUCAACUGGAUUGGAUAGUUCAACUACUUAUUCAAUAGUGAACUCUCUAAGACAAACUGUGAAAAUCUUGAACGGAACUGCUGUGGUAUCUCUUUUGCAGCCAGCACCCGAGACGUACAACUUGUUUGACGACAUUAUUCUGAUAUCAGAUGGGAAAAUUGUCUAUCAGGGCGCUCGAGAGGAUGUCCUUGGCUUCUUCGAGUCUAUGGGGUUCAAAUGUCCUGAGAGAAAAGGCGUGGCCGACUUCUUGCAAGAAGUAACUUCAAAGAAGGAUCAAGAGCAAUAUUGGAUGAGGAGGGAUGAAACUUACCGGUUUAUCACGGCAAAAGAAUUUGCUGAGGCAUAUCAAUCAUUCCAUGUUGGGAGGCAACUCGGGGAUGAACUUGCAACUUCAUAUGACAAGAGCAAAAGCCAUCCAGCUGCUUUGUCAACACAAAAGUAUGGUAUAGGGAAGAAACAACUCUUAAAUGUCUGCACUGAAAGAGAAUUCUUACUAAUGAAGAGGAACUCAUUUGUUUACAUAUUCAAGUUCAUUCAGCUUGCAGUUAUGGCACUCAUAACACUUACCCUCUUUUUCCGAACUGAGAUGCACCGUGAUACUAUGGAAGAUGGACUAAAAUAUGCUGGUGCCCUCUUUUUCAUUGUCACUACGGUUUUUUUUAAUGGACUGUCUGAAAUCGCCAUGACUAUUUUCAAACUUCCUAUCUUCUACAAGCAAAGGGACCUUCUCUUUUACCCUUCAUGGGCUUACGCAAUUCCCUCAGGGAUACUCAAAAUCCCUGUACAAUUUGUUGAAGUUGGCAUUUGGGUGAUCCUCACUUACUAUGUCGUUGGAUUUGAUCCGAGCCCUGCAAGAUUUUUCAAGCAUUUCUUGGUACUCGUAUUAGUAAACAUGAUGUCAUCAGGAUUGUUUCGCUUCAUUGGGGCUGUUGGAAGGACCAUGGGAGUUGCUAAUACGUUCGGAGUAUUUGUUCUGCUUUUACAGUUUGCAUUGGGCGGAUUUGUUCUUUCACGAGUUGAUGUGAAGAAAUGGUGGAUAUGGGGUUACUGGUCUUCACCGAUGAUGUAUUCUUUAAAUUCAAUUCUUGUGAAUGAAUUCGAUGGGAAAAAGUGGGAACAGAUUGUACCAAAUACAACUGAUUCACUUGGAGUUGCAGUUGUAACGGCUCGAGGGUUCUUCCCAAAUGCAUACUGGUACUGGAUAGGUAUCGGUGCACUUAUAGGAUUCGCAAUCGUCUUUAACAUUUGCUACAGUCUUGCACUCGCGUAUCUCAACCCAUUUGGUAAGCCGCAAGCUAUGAUAUCAGAAGGCACUGAAAAAGAAGAGUCCAAUAGUGAAGACCAGAAUAAGAAAAAGGGAAUGGUUCUUCCAUUUGAACCGCAUUCCAUCACCUUCGAUGAAGUUAUAUACGCUGUUGAUAUGCCUCAGGAAAUGAAAUAUCAAGGUGCCACUGAAGAUAGAUUGGUACUUCUGAAAGGUGUAAGCGGAGCUUUCAGGCCCGGUGUUUUGACAGCUUUGAUGGGAGUUAGUGGCGCUGGAAAAACAACGUUGAUGGAUGUAUUGGCUGGAAGAAAAACAGGAGGAUAUAUUGAGGGUAGUAUCAAAAUCUCUGGCUAUCCGAAGAAGCAAGAAACAUUUGCACGUAUUUCUGGGUACUGUGAGCAGAAUGAUAUCCAUUCACCUUAUGUUACAGUUUACGAGUCAUUAGUAUACUCAGCUUGGCUCCGUUUAUCUCAUGAAAUUGAUGAAAAGACUAGAAAGAUGUUUGUUGAGGAAGUUAUGAACCUUGUUGAGCUUACGCCAUUAAGAUCAGCCUUAGUUGGUUUGCCAGGAGUCAACGGUCUCUCAACUGAGCAACGCAAAAGGUUGACCAUUGCAGUGGAACUAGUGGCAAACCCCUCUAUCAUUUUCAUGGAUGAACCAACUUCAGGGCUGGAUGCAAGAGCUGCUGCAAUUGUGAUGAGAACGGUUAGAAACACAGUUGACACAGGAAGAACGGUUGUUUGUACCAUCCAUCAGCCUAGUAUCGACAUUUUUGAAGCCUUUGAUGAGCUAUUUCUAAUGAAACGAGGAGGAGAAGAGAUAUAUGUUGGUCCAUUAGGUCGCCUUUCCUGCCAUUUGAUCAAAUACUUUGAGUCAAUGCCUGGGGUAAGUAAAAUUCAAGAUGGCUACAAUCCAGCAACUUGGAUGUUAGAAGUUACAACUCCGGCACAGGAAAUAAUGUUGGGGGUUGAUUUUGCGGACUUAUACAAGAAAUCAGAUCUUUACAGGAGGAAUAAAGCGUUGAUUAGUGAACUCAGCGUGCCUCGCCCUGGUACAAAUGACCUGCAUUUCGACAAUCAAUACUCACAGCCAUUUUGGACCCAAUGUAUGGCUUGCCUUUGGAAGCAACAUUGGUCAUACUGGCGUAAUCCUGCUUAUACUGCAGUCAGAUAUCUCUUUACAAUCUUCAUCGCCUUGACCAUUGGUACAAUGUUUUGGGAUCUUGGCACUAAAGUGGGAAAGAGCCAAGAUCUAUUUAAUGCUAUGGGAUCAAUGUAUGCUCCUGUUUUCUUCAUCGGUUUUCAAAAUGCAUCGUCAGUGCUGCCUGUUGUAGACGUUGAGCGUACAGUAUUUUACAGAGAAAGAGCUGCUGGAAUGUAUUCUGCCAUCCCCUAUGCCUUCGGACAAGUUUUCAUUGAAUUACCAUAUAUCUUUGUGCAAGCUAUUACCUAUGGUGUUAUUGUCUAUGCUAUGAUUGGAUUUGAAUGGACAGCAUCCAAAUUCUUUUGGUACAUGUUCUUCAUGUACUUCACUCUCUUGUACUUCACCUUCUACGGCAUGAUGUGCGUUGCUGUUACCCCAAAUCAAAAUGUCGCGCUAAUUGUCUCGAUUUUCUUCUAUUCACUGUGGAAUCUUUUCUCAGGAUUUAUUGUUCCACGACCACUUAUGCCCAUAUGGUGGAGAUGGUACUAUUGGGCUUGUCCUGUUGCCUGGACAUUGUAUGGUUUGCUUACAUCACAAUUUGGAGAACUCCAAAACAAACUUAGUGAUUCCAGUGAAACAGUGGAACAAUUCUUGAGACGUUACUUCGGGUUCAAGCAUGAUUUUCUUGGAGUAGUUGCAGUUAUGACCGCGAUGUACGCUGUUGUUUUUGCCUUGACAUUUGCUUUGUGCAUUAAGGUAUUCAACUUCCAGAAAAGAUAGAAGAGCUUAUUGGCUAAAGAUCUAUGAAAAUUGAAGAGAAGAUUGAUUUCAACUUGAAGAAGUAUAUUAUGUUUUGAAGAGAAGAUUCAUUUCAACUUGAAGAAGUAUAUAUAUGUUUGAAGAGAAGAUUGAUUUCAACUUGAAGAAGUAUAUAUAUGUUUUGAAUAGAAGAUUGAUUUCAACUUGAAGAAGUACAUGUAUGUUUUGUUCAUGUUAUACUGCGUUACUAUGCAAUGAAAUGAUCCAUCGAUUUCAUAAGUUGGUAAUGUUAGAAAAUUCAUUUCUAAUCAAUAAUGCAAUUAAAAAGUUCGAUA